UUAGCGUAAUAUCCAGUCUACAGGAUCACACAGAACUCGCUCUCAACUAUCAAUCAUCAUCAUGUCAGGUGGAGGAAAAGGAGGAAAGGGACUCGGAAAGGGUGGUGCCAAACGUCAUCGCAAGGUUCUACGAGACAACAUCCAAGGCAUCACCAAGCCUGCAAUCCGUCGACUUGCUAGAAGGGGAGGUGUCAAGAGGAUCUCUGGUCUCAUCUACGAAGAGACACGGGGUGUACUGAAGGUCUUCCUGGAGAAUGUCAUCCGUGAUGCAGUCACCUACUGCGAGCACGCCAAGCGAAAGACUGUCACAGCCAUGGACGUGGUGUAUGCACUGAAGAGGCAGGGUCGUACAUUGUACGGCUUCGGCGGCUAAGUGUAGCAGACCUCUCUCUCGCCUGGCUAGAAUAACAAACGGCUCUUUUCAGAGCCACCAAA